AUGUCUUCCCGGGCAUUCAUCCUGCUCGCCUUCGCCAGCGUAGGGACACUCGCGGCAACUACGCUGAAACUGACGAACAACUUCGCCGGUCAAGGCUUCUUCGACGGGUUCAAUUUCAACAUUACCGAUCCGGCGAACGGCGUCCUCGAUCCCAACGCGGGUAAUAUCAACUAUGUCAACAGCAGCACGGCGAUGAACGGCCCCGUAAAGCUCGCUUUCGUCAAUGGCGCCGGCAACGUCAUCCUGCGUGUAGACAACACGACAAACGACCCCAACCCCGGUCCUUACAGCGAGUUCGGGCGGAAUACAGUUCAGAUUGUCUCCAAGGAUCCUAUAAACGUCAACACGCUCCUAGUGGCAUCGAUCGCUCAUAUACCGUUUGGCUGCAGUGUAUGGCCGGCCUUUUGGACGCUUGAUGAUGCCACACGGACAGACCAUGGUGGCGAGAUCGACAUCAUCGAGUCCAUCAAUUUGCAGACGCAAAAUCAAUAUAGCUUGCAUACCCGCACCGGAUGCACGCUAUCCAACUCUUCCUCCUUCCCACGUACCGGCGUUCAAACGCAGACCGAUAAUUGCGACUCCGCUGCCAAUGGUAACGCAGGUUGCAUCGUACAAGAGCCCGCGCAGAACAGCGUCGGCGCGAGCUUUGCUGGUGGUGUAUACGCCAUGUAUUGGUCGAAUAACGGAGUUCAGAUGUGGUUCUUUCCUAAGUCUUCCGUUCCCAGCGAUCUCGCGUCCAACACCCCAGACCCUUCCACCUGGCCGACUCCCGGCGCGUCCUACCCUGCUUCCACCUGCGAUCCGACUACGUUCUUUUCGCCCCAGGCGAUCAUCUUCGACAUCGAGGUCUGCGGCGCUAACUAUGCCGGUCUGGACAGUAUCUUCCACCAGACAUGCCCAAGUGUAACCCACUGCCAAGAUCUCGUUCGAAGCGCAUCGAACUACGACAACGCGUACUGGGAGAUCAACUACGUUAAGACCUUCACUGGCGCGCCUGCACCAGUAGCCAAUUCGACAUUCUCUAGCGCUUCUGUCAGCGCGUCGGGUGGCAGCAGUACCGGUGCUCCUUCGACUAGCAGCAGCAACAGUAGCGACUCCAGUAGUGGCAACAGCAGCAAUGCAGUUACCUUGGAGUUCGUAUCGCGGACGACCCUUUAUGCGAUGAUUGGCACAAUUCUCAUCGGUGCGAUCGUGCUUGUAAUGUGA